CUCGCCUCGCAUCUCACAGCUCCGGCCCACUCCUCCAGCAGCAACAACCCCCAAGCGAAGCGGCGAAUCAACCGCAUCAUCUACGGAUAAGACCUGCUUGUUCUCAACCUACCAUGCAAAUGCGCAGACACAAGAGAAAGAACUCCUGAGCGAUUACCUCACGCGCCACUUACAGAGACGGCGCUUACUGCCAGAAACAACGGCCCGACCGCCCGCUUAACCCCGCCAUCACUGGUUCCUUUCGCCAAGUUCCGGUCGUCACCGUCCUCCGUGCGCCCGCGAAGCACCGACGCGCGAAGCUGUGUUUGUCGUCAAUCGCCGUACUAGCGUCUCCUGCUUUCAUCCCACCUACAGCUGCAGGCAGAAUUACAGCGCAUAUUUGUCACAAGCACUGCUAGAAGCUCGGCAUCAUGUGGAAUGACGAAGACAAUAACCCCUACGGCGGGAGCUUUGAGCGCAGAGACUCCUUUGCCUCCUCCGCGAACCCGUCCUCUCCGAUCACCCAUGAUUACCCCCGCUACGACGCUCCCAAUACUCCCUCUUUUACAGGCGACGAACCUCCCCAGCGCGAGGCCACGGAUACCGAGAGUGAGGAGGAGGAGAAUGCCCGGUCUCGGGGUGAGCUUGUGCCGCGGACCAAACCCGGCGGAUACGACAGCCGCGUGGAGCAGAUGCUCUACGAGAACCCGGAGCUGCCUAUCUUGAUCACCGACGCCGGAAAGAGCACAGAGAGCGGCAGGUUUAUCGUUUACACCAUCAAAACUGGAGAGCUUAUAGUGCGCCGGCGAUACUCAGAGUUUGCAUCCCUCCGUGAUGCGCUGACGAGGCUGCACCCGACGCUUAUCAUCCCCCCAAUCCCCGAGAAACAUACCAUGGCUGACUACGCCGCCAAUCCCACCAACGCAAAGCAGGACCAGCAAAUAAUCGAUCUCCGUAAGCGCAUGCUGGCAGUCUUUUUGAACCGAUGCCGGAGGAUGGAGCAAGUCCGCACGGAUGGCGUUUGGUGGCGGUUUCUGGACCCCAACUCAAGCUGGAACGAGGUCCUGCACUCUCACCCGGUGGCGUCUAUCCCUAAAUCCAUCAUGAAGGCGCCUCCUCUUGACCCGGCCAAUCCGACCCCUGGUCACGAGUUUCUUCCCGUGCCUGCCAACUCGGCAAAGCUCAAAUCGGUCCCGGCGCCGCCGCCGCCAGAAAGCACAGCAGGAGCGCAGGUGUUUGCUCGUUUCCCGCCGGACAGCAGCAAUCUGAGCGAACAUGAGCUGGACCCUUACUUCACCGCCUUCGAGACUUCCAUUAGGGAGCUGGAAUCAUUACUCAUGGGGUCGAUGGAGAAGGUCAACCGGCGAACAUUGAGCCAUCUGUCUUCCUUGGCUUCCGACCUUUCCGAGUUGGGAGCGAGGUACAAUGCAUUUGCCCUUUCCGAGCCGACCCAAUCGCUCUCGACUGCCAUCGAAAGGAUAGGACAGGCUGCCGAUUCUUCGUACAUCGCAACCGAGGAACUCUCAAGUUCCCUGGGCGCCAGCUUCGCCGAACCCAUGCGGGAAAAUGCACAGUUUGCCGGCGUAGUCAGGAGUGUCCUGCGGUACCGGGUCUUGAAGCGGGUGCAGCAAGACAUGACUACGGACGAGCUGAACAAGAAAAGGGCAUUGCUUGACCAACUGGAGCGGAGCGAGGCCGAAGCAAGGAGGAUCGAGCAAUAUCUCAGCGGCAGCGGGCAGAUCCAGCCUCCGCGCAGGUCGGCGAGCAUGAGGGAAGCACACACACAUCGCCGCGAUGGCAGUAACGAGGACACCGCGUCGAUCGACUCCGACUUCCCUCCCACGCACGGUGACAUAUCGAAUGCGCCCUCGGCGAACAUCGGGACGCCGGAGCGGGCUCCCCCAGCCCCGAGCCAUAGGAAGGCACCAAGCGCUACUUCGAUCACCAACAGGAUCUUUGGGCCCCUUCGUCACGCCGUCCAGGGGGUGGUCGACGCGGAUCCCGAGAAGACGCGGCGCGAUACCAUCACAAGGACUCGGGAGUCUAUUGCGCAACUCGAGCAGGCACAGGUGGCAUCGGCGCAAGACGUCAAGGACGCGAGCGCGAGCAUCCUUAAGGAUCUCAAGAGGUUCCAGCGAGAGAAGGAGGAAGACUUGAAGCGAUAUAUGCUUGCGUAUGCAAAAAGCCAGAUUGAGUGGGCGAAGAAGAACAAAGAGACGUGGGAGGAAGCCAAGGCAGAGGUAGAGAAGAUUGACGUGUAGUCGACUUGAUGCGAUCGAUCUUGGGUCAUAGACUUCCCACAGGAGCCGAAAGAAAGCUUCUCGACGUUGGGCCCCUGCUGUAAUAUGUUGAUUGAAGAAAUGCCGUAAAAAAAAAAAAAAAUACCGAAGCGGCUAUGAUGACUGCCCCUCUCCUCGGAUUGAAUUCGCGGGUCGUUUGUCUCGCAGCUUCUCCGCUCGAAGCAACACCUAAACGACAAACAAAUUCGAAAAGGAGGGGAUAGAUCGAUUCAAAUGGAAAAAUAACGAGACUGGGGAAAGAGACGUAGAAGAAGCGAAUAAUGAGAGACAUGCAAUAAUCGAGUAGUAAGUGAGCGAGCGUGGUUCAU